UAUACAGACACUUUUAGCUGCUGGUUGCUUUUCUGUCUGUGUUGUAACAGUCCAGAGUAUCAGCAGCUGGACUGUCCUGUGCUACACUUCUCCCAUGGCUCCUGCAGGUCUCCCAGCCUCCCUUCCUCUGUGCGUGUGUCUGCUGCUGGCCUCUGGCUUUGCCCAGGCAGGCAGGCUGCUGGUGGUGCCCAUGGAUGGGAGCCACUGGUUCACUAUGCAGAUGGUUGUGGAGAAACUCAUCCACAGGGGGCAUGAGGUGGUGGCAGUUAUGCCAGAGGUGAGUUGGCAACUGGGAAAAUCCCUGAAUUUGACAGUGAAGACGUACUCAACUUCUCACACUCUGGAAGAUCUGGACCGCGAGUUCAAGGUUUUUAGUGAUUCCCAGUGGAGAUCUUGGGAAGAAACCUUCUAUUCUAUAUUACACAACAAAGCCAGCAAGUAUCUCGAAUUAUUAUUUUCACAGUGUUGGAGCUUGUUUAAUGACAAGAAGUUAGUGGAGUACUUGAAGCAGAGUUCUUUUGAUGCUGUGUUUCUGGAUCCUCUUGAUGUGUGCGGCUUAACUGUGGCCAAGUAUUUGUCACUCCCAUCAGUGAUCUUCACUAGGAGUAUUUGUUAUUUUCUUGAUGAUGGUGCUCAGUGCCCCAGUCCUCUUUCUUAUGUUCCCAGAGGUGUCUUGAAACUCACAGACACCAUGACUUUCAAGGAGAGAGUGUGGAACCAUCUUCUUUAUAUGGCGGAGCAUUCAGUUUGCCCUUUUGUUUACAAAUCUGCCAUAGAAAUUGCCUCUGAAGUUCUCCAGACCCCAGUGACUAUGGAUGACCUCUUCAGCCAAGUGUCCAUUUGGUUGUUACGCACUGAUUUUGUCUUGGAGUUCCCCAGACCUGUGAUGCCUAACAUAGUCUUUGUUGGCGGGAUCAAUUGUCACCAGGGAAGGCCACUUUCCAAGGUAUGAUGUCUCUCUGUUAGCACAU